AUGGACGCUGCAAAUCAGUUUACAUCUGCAGGGACCUUCCAGGUACUUAAAUUACCUCUGGGGUUUAUCCGUGUUUUGGAAUGGCUCUUUGCCAUUUUUGCCUUCGCAACAUGUGGGGGCUACUCAGGGCAGCUACGGGUUAGUGUGGACUGCAUGGAGAAGGCCAGCAGUAACCUCAGCAUUGCCAUUGACUUCGCUUAUCCAUUUAGGUUGCACCAAGUGUCUUUUGAAGCACCAAUGUGUGAGGGCAUGAGGAGAGAGCGCCUCUUUCUCAUCGGAGACUAUUCAUCCUCGGCUGAGUUCUUUGUCACAAUUGCAGUAUUUGCAUUCAUCUACUCCCUUGUUGCCACCGUUGUCUACAUCUUCUUUUUUAACAAGUACCGUGAAAACAUCAGAGGACCACUGAUUGAUUUUGUUGUGACCGUUGUGUUCUCCUUCAUGUGGCUCGUCAGCUCUUCUGCUUGGGCCAAAGCUUUGUCUGAUGUCAAGCUGGCUACAGAUCCAGAUGAGGUUCAGGUCCUUAUUCCUGCUUGUAAGGAUCCAACAAAUAAAUGCGGCUCUGUGCAGGAACCACGCUGGUCUGGACUUAACACUUCAGUGGUGUUUGGGUUCCUCAACUUUGUUCUCUGGGCGGGAAACAUCUGGUUUGUCUUCAAGGAGACUGUUUGGCAUAAGGGUGGUACCAGGUUUGCGGGUGGGGUCUCUGAGAAGCAGACCAGCACUUUUACCCAGCAGCCCAACAACCAAGGCGGCUUUGAUCAGUCUGGGAGCUACAACACACAGUGUGACCUAAGCCAGCCAUCUGAGUACAGUCAGGUUGGAGGGCCAUCUUCUUACGCCAAUCAAAUGUAG